AUGGACCUGCAGAUUGCAGAAACGCUGCGUUUGGAGGGUGCCGAUAUGCUGUCUUCGAUCACCCAACUCCCAAAUGCUCUGGGCAGCAAAUCCCCUUCAACUUCAAUCCUUCUUCUCUGCAUCUCCUUUGAUUCGAAGCUAUCGGAGUUCGCUGUGCUCUUGUCGUGCCUCAUCUGCUUAGCCAUGCAUUAUCUCCACCUUUUGUGUCCAUUUUCAAGGUAUGCAUUGCCCAAAAUUGGUCACUUUCUUCCACCACCUUUGUCUCUCAUGCUUCCCUCUUUCUAUCAUUCCCUCAAUCCCGAGUUCUUUGCUCAUUCCCAAACUUUUAACGCAAUGAAUAUCGGCGACAGCGUUGCUUCGUUCAAUCGCUUACUACGUAUGCACCCCCCGCCUUCCAUCAUCCAAAUUAACAAGCAUUUGGGAUCAAUUGCAAAGGCUAAACACUAUCGAACUGCGAUCUCAUUGUUUGCUCAAGCGGAGUUCAAGGGAUUCAUACCUGAUUUAUGUACCCUGAACGUCUUGAUCAAUUGUUACUGCCAUGUGGGUCAGAUGAAUUAUGCUUUCUCAGUAUUGGGAAGGAUUCUCAAAAUGGAUAUUCGACCAGAUGUGAUAACAGUUAAUACUUUAUUAAAAGGACUCUGCAUUAGCAACAAGGUUGGGGAAGCGUUAGACUUUUAUGAUGACUUAACGGCUAAAAGAUUUCAAUUCAAUGAACUUAGUUAUGGCACCCUGAUCAACGGACUGUGUAAAAUAGGGAAAAUAAGAUCUGCUGUUAAAUUGGUCCAAAUGAUGGAGAAGAAGGGAAUUAAAUCUAAUCUAAUCAUCUAUAGCACUAUCAUGGAUAGCCUUUGCAAAUGUGGCCAUGUUAUUGAGGCGCAUCAGUUUUAUUCAGCAAUGAUUGAUCAAGGAAUUCUGCCGUGUAUUAUUACAUAUACAUCUCUAAUCCGUGGCUAUUGCAGCGUGGGACAGUGGAAAGAAGCUACCCAAUUGUUUCAUGAAAUGGAAUUGAAAAGCAUCAAACCCGAUAUUCAUACAUUUAAUGCAUUCAUUGAUGCAUUUUGUAAAGAAAGGAGGAUUGUUGAAGCUCAAACCAUGUUUGCUAGGAUGAUGAAAUGUGGUGAGAGACCGGAUGUUGUAACUUACGGUUCUUUAAUGAAUGGAUACCGUCUGAUGAAUAACGUGAAUGAGUCAAAGAAAAUAUUCUCCAAGAUGGUUCAAAGCGGUGUAACAGCUGAUGCAAUUAGUUAUAGUAUACUGAUCAAUGGAUUUUGUAAGAUUAAAAUGGUCGAUACAGCAUUAGAUCUCUUUCGAGAAAUGCGCUGCAAAAGCUUGGUUCCUGAUGUGAUAACAUAUAAUUCUCUUAUUGAUGGCCUUUGCAAGUCAGCGAGAAUGUCAGAGGUGCGAGAUCUUGUUUAUGAGAUGUAUGAAAGCGGUCAUGCCGCAAAUACAGUCACCUAUAGUAUUUUGUUAGAUGCAUUUUGCAAAAGUCAAAAUCUUGGUCAAGGGAUUGCACUAUUUAGGCAGAUGGUUGCCCAGAGAAUUCAACCUGAUGUAUACACAUACAAUAUACUUGUUGAUGGCUUGUGUAAAGGAGGCAGACUACAUGACGCUCGAAAGAUUUUUCAAUACCUUUUGACCAGUGGCUAUCAUCUAGAUGUCUACACAUAUAACAUUAUGAUCAGUGGGCUUUGCAGCAAAGGCUUGUUUGAUGAUGCUAUGUCCUUGCUUUCAAAAAUGGGAGCAAAUGGAUGUCUCCCUAAUUCAGUAACAUAUAAAACUCUUAUUCAAGCUCUUUUGGAGAAUAGAGAGAAUGAUAACGUUGAGAAGCUUCUCCGUGAAAUGAUUGGUGGUGGUCUUGUAAAAUGA